CAGAAAACUCUGCAGAACAAGGAAUAUAGAGCACAUACCUAAACUUGAGCCCAUAUUGAUCGUCAGCUACUUGUUACAGAAUGGAAUUGGGUAGCAUUGUUGAUUUUCUUGAGAACAAAGUCAUAUUAAUUACUGGUGCCACUGGUUUUCUUGCCAAAAUUUUUGUGGAGAAGAUACUUAGAGUUCAACCAAAUGUGAAGAAACUCUAUCUUCUCAUUAGAGCCGCUGAUGCAAAGUCCGCCUUGCAACGCUUCAACACGGAGGCAGUAGCAAAGGACUUGUUUAAGCUUCUGAAAGAGAAACAUGGUACAAACCUGCAAAACUUUUUGUCUGAAAAAGUUACUCCGGUUGCGGGAGACAUCACUUGCGAGGAUAUGGGAAUACAGGACCCGGAUUUGAAAGCAGAAAUGUGGAGACAUAUUGAUGUUGUUGUUAAUGUAGCUGCCACCACCGACUUCGAUGAAAGAUACGAUGUUGCCCUGGCUCUUAAUACGUUUGGAGCUAAAGUCGUUUUGAACUUCGCACAGAAAUGUGUCAACAUAAAGCUGUUUCUCCAUGUGUCCACUGCCUAUGUCUCCGGUGAGAAGCCCGGACUAAUGCUUGAAACUCCAUACUAUUUGGGAGAUUCACUCAAUGGAACAAGUGGGCUAGACAUAGAAGAGGAGAGGAGAAUCGUCGAGGAUAAGCUGAAAGAGCUCAAAUCUGAUCAAAAUGCUGACGAUAAAUCGAUUAAAUUGGCCAUGAUAGAUUUGGGUAUGCAAAGGGCAAAUCACUUUGGUUGGCCAAAUACAUAUGUUUUUACCAAGGCAUUGGGGGAGAUGAUUGUGGGGCACUUGAAAGGAAAUAUACCGGUGGUCAUUCUACGUCCGACCAUUAUCACUAGUACUUAUCUACAACCAUUCCCAGGUUGGGUUGAAGGCAUCAGGACCAUUGACAGCUUGGCUCUUGGCUAUGGUAAAGGCAGGUUAACUUGUUUCCUUGGAGAUCCUGAAGCUAUAUAUGAUGUGAUACCGGCUGACAUGGUGGUGAAUGCUAUGAUUGCGACAAUCACUGCGCAUGCAAAUCAAACAUUUUCUGAAACAAUUUAUCAUGUUGGGUCUUCUGUAUCAAACCCUUUGAAGUUCACUACAAUUCAAAGAUGUGGCUACCUGUACUUUACCGAGCAUCCAUGGAUUGAGAAGGAUGGUAAGCCUGUCAUAGUUGGUCAGGUUAGAGUGUUGAGUUCAAUGGCUAGCUUCCAUAGAUAUAUCACUCUUCAUUACUUCCUUCCGCUGCAGGUACUUAAAUUUGUGAAUUUGGUAUUUUGCCAAGCUUUUGGGGGCACAUACAAGAAUCUUAAAAGAAAAAUCAACUUUGUGUUGCGGCUAGUCGACCUUUACAAACCCUACUUGUUCACGAAAAGCUUCUAUGACGAUAUGAAUACUGAAAAGUUACGUAGGGCGGUUAAAGGGAGCGGAGAAGAGGAUAAUAUGUUCUACUUUGAUCCAACGAUAAUCGAUUGGGAUGAGUACUUCCAACAUAUACACCUUCCUGGUGUAGUAAACCGUGAAUUUAAAUGAUGAUAGAUAUCGAUCAUCACAAGAACAAGCGAGUACACAUUCGCAUGUUUCCAAUUACCUGAAUGGACGUCUUAGCACAACAAUUUCGUGCAACUAGUCACGUACUAAAGAAGAAGACAUAAAAAAAAGUAUCGUUCUUCGUACAAAUGUAUUUUAGUCAAUUGAGCAACGCUUGGACGACAAUUUAUUGUGUUUCCUUGUAAAAUUCAAUGAAUUUUAUUGGUAAUUCUCAUAUAUUUGUAAU